AUGUCUUGUUGUCUGAAAGCUGGGUUUUCUGGCUCCACCAAUGUUAUCAUCAACCAUGGAGGAGGAAGCAGCAAAGAGGCUUUUAGGGUUUGCUCCUCAGCUGGGCCUCUGCAAUUUCAUGGAGUAAAUUCAAAGGAAUUUUGGGGCAAAACUCUUGAUUCCUUGGAUUUGAGAAGGGGUUCCAAAUUUAUUACUAGGGCACCAAAAUUAGACUCUGUAAAUGCACAAGGGUCUGUUUCCUUUGGGAAAGCUUUGAGAUGGUGGGAAAAAUCUUUGCAGCCAAACAUGAUUGAGAUCAACUCAGCUCAAGAAUUGGUAAAUUAUUUGUCUAAUGCUGGUGAUAAUUUAGUUGUGGUUGACUUUUAUUCCCCUGGUUGUGGAGGAUGCAAGGCUUUGCACCCUAAGAUCUGCCAACUUGCUGAAAUGAACCCAGAUGCCAUUUUUCUCAAGGUUAAUUAUGAGCUACACAAAGCCAUGUGCUAUGCCCUUCAUGUUCAUGUUCUGCCCUUUUUCAGAUUCUAUAGAGGAGCUAAAGGCAAAGUCUGUAGCUUUAGCUGCACAAAUGCCACAAUCAAGAAAUUUAAGGAUGCAUUGGCCAAACACGGGGCUUCGGACCCGUGUGUUGUCGGCCUGCCGGCAAAGGGUUUAGACGAAUCGGAGCUGUUGGCAUUGGCCUCAAUCGGUCAGAUAUCUGAAGAUUUGUUAGUAUCUAAGUUAAAAAAUGAAGAGAAUUUGGUUCUUACUGAAGGUGCUAAAUCGAAAAAUGAUGAGAAUAAGAUGGGACUCAGAGAAGGGAAUGCUAUGGUAGCAGCCUGA